GACAAAGACUCAGGAGGCCAAACCCAAAACCCAUUCUAUGCUUGAGCUUCAAUGUCCAGGGCCAAAGGCCUGAGCGCCCUCUUCCGAGCCGCCGCUGCCGGCCGACGUGCUGGCGACGCACAUCUCCCAGACUUAGUUAACUGCCUCGACGCCGCAGUUCCGUCAUCCUCCACCUCCAUAAAACACUCGGUGAACCUCCCCGAACCCGCCAAAUCUUGCCGGAAAAGCCUCGGCGAUGUCGGCCUCUCCAGCCAACUACUCGAAUCAUCGUUAGCGUCCGAAGAUUCUUCAAACCAAUUAAAGCAGCAGAUAUCUUUCAUAAUCUGUGAUAACACAUCAGAUGGUUCACCUGACUCAGGAGGGACCAGCAAUGAUAAUUAUUCUGGAUCAUUGGAUAUACCAUGGCUUGAGUUGAUGUCUAACAAAAAUUUACUGAUUAAGCGGAAGUUAGUUUCACGUGAAAGGAAACAGAAAUGGGUUUUCAAGAUGAGUCAGGUUCCUCGAUUUAAACAGUUAAUCAAAUUGUGCGGAGAGAAACUAGGGUCAGAAGCUACUCUUCAGGUAUUUGGCAAGUUGGGUAGAAAAACUGGGGUAAAAGAGUACAAUUCUCUAAUAGCAAUGUGUGUUGUUAUGGCUAGGACAACUGAUGAUGAAGAUGUUGCAUUAGUAGAAAUGUCCAAGGCUUACAGAAUUUUUGAAAAAAUGAGAGAGCAAGGAUAUCAGCUAGAUGAAGGAACUUAUGGUCCAUUGCUAAUGUAUUUCAUUGAGAGGGGAAUGAUAGAAGAGUUCCAUUUUUUCUGUGGGUCAAUCAAAGAUGGGAAUCCUAAUUCACUUCCAAGAUUAGGUUAUUAUGAGAUGCUGCUAUGGAUUUCGGUUGAUAAUGAAGAAAUGAUUCAGCAACUUUGUGAUUACAUUGCAGCUGAUGACGAAGAAAAUAUUCAGUUAAAAGAAAAUUACUUGUUAGCACUUUCUGAAACUCAACGAACAAAUGACCUUUUGCGAGUAUUGGAGAUUAUUGAUAUAACAAAAUUUUCAGAUUUGAACACAUCUAAUAUAUUUAAAUUGCUGGGGAGGCUGUCAUUGGAGUCCUUAGCUGAGAAGUUCCUUCUGGCAUUGAAAAGCAUUGAUAGUGGAUCAGAGAAAAUCUUGAAACUCAUCUUUAGUUAUGCCUCCUGCAUUCCAAAUUUAGCGGUUGAGGAUGUUGUUUUGAAAUUUGAAAGCUUGUGCGUGAAAUUUGAGAUAAGGCCAUCGUUAGAAUCAUACCAGGAGCUCAUUAAGUAUUGCUGUGGUUCGCAUAAGGUGCAAAUGGCUCUUGAUAUUGUUGACCAGAUUUGUGAAGAUGGUUUGAGCUUGUCCAUAGACACACUAAAUUGCAUCUUGAAUGCUAGUGAAGAGAACUAUGAGUAUAAUUUGGUUUGGCGAAUUUAUUCAGUGAUUUGUCACCAUAACUUGAAGCCAAAUGCUGAGACAUUCAGGAGUAUGAUAAAUUUGAGUGUUAAAAUGAAAGAUUUCGAUGGUGCAUAUGCAAUGCUUAAUGAUUCAAAGAAAAUGAAUAUUGAACCUGUAGCUAGCAUGUACAAUGCUAUAAUGGCAGGAUAUUUUCGAGAGAAAAACAUUUCUGCUGGAUUGAGGGUUCUCAAGCAAAUGAAACUUGACGGUGUAAAACCAGAUCCCCAAACCUACAGCUAUCUAAUAGGCUUUUGUGACUCUGAAAAGGACAUUAUAAAGUAUUACAAAGAACUGAAGUGUUCAGGGAUUCCAGUUACAAAGCACAUAUUUAUGUCACUUGUUAAUGCAUAUGCAGCUUGUGGACAGUUUGAGAAAGCAAAACAGGUACUCUUGGAUGAAAGGAUACCAGUUAAAAUCCUAAAUGAACUCAAAAGUGUCCUCAUCUCUGCUCUUGCAUCAAAUGGGCAAAUGGCUGAUGCCCUUGACUUAUAUGAAAAGAUCAAGCAAGCUGGAGGCAAUCUAGAGCCUAAAGCUGUUAUAUCUCUCAUUGAGUAUCUUCAUUCCCAGGGGGACUUGAAUCUCAUGCUUCAACUAUUGGAGGAAUUGCAUGAUCAAGGCUACUGGAUUGACGGUUGCUGCAGAGUUGUCACAUUUUGUGUUAGAAAAAAGCAUUUGAGUACUGCUAUUGAUUUGCUCAAGCAACUCAAGGACAAGUUUUAUGAUGAUGAGCUGGCUGCAGAAGUUCUUUUUGAUGAGACAUUUGCCAUUAUUGCCGAGGAAGAACCUGCAGAUGUACAGUUUGGUGUAGAUUUGCUACAAGCCAUAAAGACUAACAUAGGCAUUAGCCCCUCACGGAAAUGUCUUGAUUUCCUCCUGAAUGCCUGCGUAAAAGCAAAAGAUCUGCAAAACUCUCUUUUGGUAUGGGAAGAAUACAAGAUUGCUGGCCUUCCUUAUAAUGUUUUAAAUUUCUUAAGGAUGUAUCAGGCACUUUUGGCUUGUGGAGAUCACAAGUCGGCAGAGGUUAUGCAAACCAAAAUUCCAAAAGAUGAUCCGGAUGUGCGGGAUAUCAUCAAAGCAUUCCAAGUAACUUACCCUCACUUCCUCGAAGGUGAAAAAGAAGGAACUUACGCUAAGUCAGCACCUGCAAAGGCCAACAAGAAGCCACAGGUGGAGGAAAAGAAGAAGAAUAAAAAGAAGAAGAAGAAGAAGAAGAAACCUGAAAAGUAAAGAGCAACUCGAAAAGAAUACGAAACAGACCCGGAAUCAACAUUCUUCGCCUUAGAGAAAUCUUCCAGGCAUUUUGUCGAAAUCUCGAGUGGGCUGGGGAAAAAAUUUAUGUGUAAUAUUUAUUCUUAAUCUUCAUGCAUGCUUAAAGAGAUGAAUAAAAAGAGAAGGCUUAGGUUAGUUGGCAUUUGGGUGGGUGUGGGGUAAAAACUUCGAACCCCAGUCCUGUCCUUGUGAUUCGUUCCCUUUCCCCACAAUAUCGCUUGUUCGAACAAAAAAAUAUGGUUUUUGGUAGGUAUUCAAUCAAGGUUGUUUGUAGGUCAUUGAUUCAACUCUCUUUUUAUCCAAACAUGCCUUUUAUAUGAAAGAAAAUACGUUUACAUAAGAUGUAAAUUUUGUUACUUUUUUUAUUGAAGGAUAAUUUGUGAA